AUGGUCGCGGAAAUGCACGCCCACACCCGCAAAAGAUCGACGAUGCACGAACCAUCCGCACGUUGUCCCAAACACGGAUCUCAAACCCGAGACCUCUGGGCAUCAUUUCCGAAGCAGCAGUCAUUAUCUACCACCUGGACCUGGGCAUCAGUACGCGCUGCAACCGCGAGAGGUGGGGGCGGUAUCACCUACGGUUCAAUGACGCCAGCAAACCCAUGCUUCUCGCCAACCACGUACUACUACACAGGGUUGUACAAAGAACUCCGGAUGUACUUCCACGGUUGGGGGCGGUGCCUGCAAAGUCGACCAGGGUGUGAAAUGGUUAAAACUGACCAUCCGGCCUGUUCCCAAAGCCUGUGCUCCGAACUCGUUCAACAAGACGUAUUCGAACUCGCUAUGGGAAAAAGAAUCCGCCACUUCGUUGGAGUGGAAAGCUCCGAGCAGCUUGCGUUCAUUGACGAGCUUCACAAGCUUGGGCUUAGCAGCAGCAUUGAACUACCCGAGCUUGUUGUUGUUGGUGAUCAAAGUACUGGAAAGAGCUCCGUCCUCCAAGCGAUCACUGAGAUAUCUUUUCCGGUGAAGCAAGACACCUGUACUCGAUUUCCAAUACAGAUAUCUUUCCGCCAAACUGCCGAGGUGGCCGUUCUGCCUGUCAAGGCAACUAUAACUCCCGGGCGGCUCAUGGCGAGAGAUGAUGCGUUUCGCGCAAGGACAAAGGGUUUCUGCAUUAAAAGCGAAGCCCUGACGCAGGACGCCUUGAAGGAUAUGAUUGACAAGGCUACUGAGUGUAUUUUCGAAAAAGACACGGUCAAGAGUGACCGUCUAUCUGACGCAGUCCUUCGCAUUGAACGUUCAGGCCCAGAUGAGAUGCACUGGUCCAUAGUUGAUCUGCCAGGCUUGGUCCGGAACGGGGCUUCGACCAUGCCCAAUGGCUCACCUACUACUGGUAACGGUGUGACAUCGGCCACAGAUGGAGCUAUUGCUGAGGCGCUGGUGCGCAAAUACAUGCAAAAUGAGAGAAACAUUGUUCUACUUGUCGUUGACGACGUCGAUGUUCGUCGCCAGAGAAGUUUGGAGAUUGCCCAGAGCAUUCCAGGAUCACAAAGCAGGUCUAUUGGAGUUCUUAGCAAGUGCGACAAGAGAGAGGAAGGAUCAGGCGAAUGGAUGGUCUCUUUGCUGCAGAACAACCGAGUUGCAAAUGUUCCUCACCUGGAACAUGGCUGGUUCGGGGUUCGAAACAGAAAGCCGAUUGAAUCUGACCUUACUGAUGCCGAACGCGACGAAGCUGAAGAACGUGAGUUCUCGCGACCUUCCUGGCGGGAUGCACCCAAGGAUCGGUUUGGGAUCAGGGCUUUGAUGAACUAUGUCGAUCGAGAGCGUCGUGUGCAGCUACAAAAAGGCAUGCCUCAGAUCAUUUCCGAGAUUCGCCAGGAACUCAAAGCGUGCGAAAAUGAUCUUACAAGAAUGGGAGAGGCCAGAACCACGCCCGGCGCGCAGCGGGCUUUCGUAUGGCAAUUCUGCACCAAGAUGCAGGAGAUGACUGAGGCUGCUCUGCGUGCUAGAUAUCAGGAUAUUGCCUCGACAGAUCCCAGUCGACGUCUCCGUUACCUUAUACGGAAGCGGCUAGACGAUUUCGCUGGGGACGUUUUUAAAAUACGGGCACUCUCUGUAAGUUUCGGUAAACAUGAGAGCCAUUGGAAGGGCCUUCGGGAUUCCGAUCCUCACUCACGGGAGGAUUACAUCAAGAACGGAAAGGGCAUAAGCUCGAUCAUAUAUCACGAGGCCUUGGUCAGUCUUGGAACAGGCCUGCCCGGCAGCGUUCACCCGGAUGUUGAAGAAACAGUCUUCCGCAAAAUGUCUACGCAUUGGGCACGCUACGCAAGGGACGCGGUCGAGGACGCAAAGCUGUGCGUUAAAGACUGCUACAACAUCCUGCUUCAUCUGGCGAUACCCAAUAACCGCGUGCGAUUGGAGGUCAGCAAGCUCAUCAGCGGGAAACGGGAGGAGUGGAAUAAGGAUACGGACAAUGCUCUGCGAGAGCUCAUCGACGACAACCAAGUCCGACCACUGUACACUGGGGAUCCUGAAUUUCAGCAAAAACUGGACUCUCUGGACAAGCGGCGACAUGAAUUCUUCAAUCAAAGACAAAAUGAUGAUCCUGGUUCAGACAGCACACCAAACCAGGGAAGCCCCCUCCCCAGCUUGGUGGACAACGUCCUCCAAACAAAGAUCAAGCUCGAAACCUACUAUCGCAUUGCUGUCUAUAGGUUUGUGGAUAAUGUGGCGACUCAGGUGAUUGAGCGGCAUGUGCUGGGGCCGAAAUGUCCACUACGUGCUGUCUCUUCUGAGACGUUCACUCGGCUUGACGAUGAUCAACUCGGCCGGAUAGCUGGGGAGGACGCAGUCGACGUUUCUACGCGGCAAAGACUGGAGAGGACAAGAGACGGGUAUCGAAAGGCCCUUGCGCGGUGGGAGCAGCUGAGUGUGCUUUAG